AUGCCAGAUGACGUCCAGGCGAUACUCCGCGGCUAUGAGCCCUCAGAUACUAGCGAUGACGCGGUGCACGUCCUUCGCGAGACUUUUAAGUACCUACCUGCUGACGGGAGACGCAACCUUGCGCAAGACAUAGUUCAGGCUGGAGCGCAGGGCAAGUUAAAGCAACUUGCACAAAGCAUAAUCACUGGCCUCCUGACACCCCUGAAGGUUGCUGGGGAUAAGACAGCGGAGGUUACGCCUUCGCCGCGAAUUGGCUUGGAAGACUCGCUAGAGAGUCUUACUGCUAUGACAGACAAGUCCAUGACACGUGCGCAACAGCAACAGCUCCGAGAAGAAGCACUAUGGAGAGAUGGCAACAAAUGCGUAAUCUCUGGCGAGUACGACGUCAAUCUAAACGACGAGUAUCCCGACGAGGUCACGGCAGACCUCGAGACAGCGCACAUUAUACCUUUCGCCAUUGCGAAAUUCGACAACGAUGCUGAGCGCCAGCGGAUGAUAGUUUGGGUGAAUAUGUUCCGUUAUUUUCCAAGCAUUCGGUCGAGGCUCAACUUCCACUACGAUCAGAUCAACUCAUUGACAAAUGUCAUGAUGUUGUCAGACAUGAUCCACAAACAGUUCGGACGGUUCAGUCUGACACUGGAACCAACGGACACCCUGAAUCAGUAUCGGUUGAAGACAUUCCCUAGUUGCACCAGAAAUUUAAGAUAUCAUCUUCCAAAAAGUGGCGUUGUCAAUCUUAUAUGCCAUGACGGACGCUAUCCUUUACCGUCCCCUGAAUUACUUCAGCUUCAUUGUUCCGUGGCUAAUAUACUCAAUGCCACGGGAAGGGGCGAGAAAAUUGACAGAAUUCUGCGAGACUAUGUCGCCACUGGCGCACUCGCCCGUGAUGGAAGCACUAAUAUCUCGGAGCUGUUGUCUGUGAGUAAACUCAUGUUGUUGCCCACGGUUGAUGAGCGCGGCAUGAACUAG